GUGUAUGUGUGUGUAAGUGUAUGAGUGUACGCAGAUGGGAAAGCAACUGAGUCAGGGAGGGCUGCCUCUCAUCUCUCCGCUUGUUAUCACCAUCCUUCACUCUCCCUCCUCUCCUCCUCCGCUGCCAUGGAGCUCCAGCAGGCUGAAUCACAACAGCGUCUGCAGAAAGGGCUGAGCAGGUAGUUGUGUGUGCGCGGUGCUCCAUUGGGCCAGUAUGAAGUGUGUGUGUCUGAGAAGGUGGGCGUCGGGCUCUGCUGUCGUGUUCCUUCACACACUGGCCUUAUCCUGGUCAGGUGCAAUUGAGCCCGCCCCCAAAAUUGAUGGAAGGCACCGGAAGGCUGUGACGCUGCAGGAGAACAAGACACACUGGUUCAACUGCCAAUCAGACGGCUGGGAUCCCCGUGCCCCUCCCUUGCUAACGUGGUACCUGAACGGGGAGCGGCAGAGAGAGCCUCCACCCAGCCGGGGGCGCCUGGUGAUGCCGUCGCAUGAAGAUUCUGAGGUCAUGAGACCAAGAACCCAUCGCAACAGCACCUUCUCUUUGCGGGCCAGGAAGUGGGACAGGGAGCUGGUGUGUGUCGCGUCAAACCCCAGGACAGGGGAGAGCUACAACGCCACGGUCUCACUCAAUGUCCAGUUUCAGCCAGAGAUCCUCAGGCUGAGCGCACAAUACACUGAGACCUCAGACCCUGGUCUCUCCCUGGUCCUCUUCGCCAUGGUGCGCUCCAACCCACCUGCCACCAUCACCUUCGUGGACCCGUCUGGCCAGCUGGUGGCCAACACCUCUGACUUCCUCAUCCUGGAUUCGCGAAGCUACCCCUGGCUGACCAAUCACACGCUGAAGGUCACGCUCAGUAACCUAUCAGGGAAUAUCUCGCUGAAUGUCAGCAACAGUGUGGGGACGGUGCAGAGCAACCUCACGCUGGCAGAGUUCCUGCAGUCCCGUGUGGAGGUGCCCAUGCUGGGAAUAGUGACCGGGGGAGCCAUGGCCUUUAUGGCCCUCCUCAUCCUCAGUCUGAUUGUUCUCUGCCUCAUGCAAAAAAACAAGACCAAGUCAUUUGAUGAGCCAGUGGAGAUUCUGAUGACCAAGAAAAGCGAGUCAGCCAAUCUGAAGAUAGAGAAAGCUGAUAAGACGUACAUCCCCAGAGAGAACAUGUCUCUGCCUUCCAACAUGCAGCUCAACGACCUCAACACUCUGAGAAAAGCUCGAGAGGCUGCCCAGCAGAACAGUGUGGGAGAGAAGAAGAAAGAGGAAGAGGAGGAGGAAGAUCUGUCUUUAGCCUACGCCGCCAGAGGUUUUGCCAGAUAUCCGAUGGUCGGCUACAUCUAUAAGGUGAACAGCACAAGCAGCGAGGAGAUCUGGCUCUGACUGACCUCAAAGUUACACACAAACACACUGUACAUGCAUGCAUGACUACGUCCAACAGUGCAGCUGUCCAAGAGGAAACCCAGAGCAACUGCCAGUCAGUCAUUCAACCAAUCAUCAGUCACCUUCAAGCUGGACCAGUAUGACCAGAUCCCAGUAACUGUCCUGUGUCUAUCUGGGACGCAUACAAUAUCGACACCGUUUCUCAAGUUCCUCCAGAAACUUGAAUCUCUCUUCACAAAACUGUCAAUGUUUGUCUCUCUGAGUCAAGUGCUCCGGUCUAUGCACCCCUGACGUGUUGUCUCAAUGAUGCAAAGUACAAACUCAACAUAUAAACGCUCAUAUUCUGUGUGUUUUGACAUGAAAGCCUCCUGUAACCACUUGCUCAUGAUGUCCUCCUCCCCUGUUGCAUUACUGGAAUGCAUUAAUUGUUCUAUGCUAACACCAGAAUGUCUAAGAUUACGUACUGUACGUGAGAUUUUAACCUUUUGACCAGUAAUAUCCAAAUAAGAUGGUGCAUAAUUAUGGAGUGCGUAUUUGUAUAUGGACAUGUAACAUGUCAUGUAUGUAUAUUUGUAUGCAUAUGUAUAUGUGUAUAAAAGAGGAUGUCUAAUAAAGAUGAUA